CUUUUGUUGUACCACCUACCUAAUUCAACCUCAGUUAGUGUUUGUGCUUUGUCUCCAUGAAUAAAUUGGGGCGACGCUUUUUUUUCGUCUUGCAGCAGCUAUAACUAAAUCCAUUCUAUUCUUCUUCGCACAAAAAAAAAAAAAAAAAGCAAAAAUGACACAGUUUGAAGAAUUGCCUGAAGGAUGCAUCGCCACCAUACUCUCUCGUACUACUCCCAUUGACGCCUGCAGACUCUCCGUCGUUUCAAAUACUUUCCGAUCUGCUUCCGAUUCCGACGCUGUCUGGAAUCAAUUUCUUCCUUCCGAUUCUCAAUUCAUGGACUCUAUCAUCUCUAAUUCUCCUCCACUUGCCAACGUUCCUUCCAAAAAGGCUCUCUACUUAGCUCUAUCUGAUCGCCCUAUCAUCGUCGACAAUGGUCUAAAGAGCUUUCAAUUGGAUAGAAAGAGUGGGAAAAUAUGUUACAUGCUCGCGGCUAGAUCUUUAUCCAUCGCUUGGGUUGAUGAUGGGCGCUAUUGGGAGUGGAUUUCUAUGCCUAACUCCAGGUUCCGCAAAGUCGCAAAGCUUCACAUUGUAUGUUGGCUUGAUAUUCGUGGGAUGAUAAACAUGCGUGACUUGUCCCCAAAUACUCAAUACGCGGCUUAUCUUGUGUUCAACUUGAUUAAUGCCUCAGGAUUUCAUAAUCCAAAUUCUCCGGUGGAAAUAUCAGUUGAUGUCGAAGGUGGCUGCAGGAGUACUAAAAAUGUCUAUUUGGAUCCGACUGUGGAAGAUAGGUCUCACAACAGAGAAGUAGGAUUGCAACAAACUAGUGUGAGAAAUGAUGGGUGGUUGGAGAUUGAGAUUGGAGAGUUUUUCAAUCCAGGCCUAGAAGAUGAAGAAGUUCAGAUGAAUGUUAAAGAGACAAAUGAUUAUAGUUCGAAGAUGGGUCUCUUUGUUGAAGGAAUAGAGGUUAGGCCUAAGUAAGACCAUUAAGCAACAUGAACUAUGCAAGGGGUCUUGCAUUUUGGGAUACGCAUAUAGUUUUGUUUCAAGUAUUGUUGCUUCACACAGUUCAUUACUGGUAGUUUAAUUAUGGUUGUUAAUAUAUUGGAAUUACUAUGAACUAUUACUGUAUAAUUUAUUGUGACGCAAUACCUAUUUGAUGCCAUUUAUUGUUUUUAA